AUGGGACUGGGUCCUCCAUCCAAGAAAGAGUCUUCACAAAGGAAAGUUCGAAAAACGCGUCCAUCCAAGAAAGAGUCUUCACGAGAGAACUCUCCAGAAAUGCUUCCAACUCAAUCAUCACCAUCAAAUUCGACUGACGAAGCUUCAAAUUCAACAGUGUCAGGAGAAGAACCUAAUGGAUUACUAACAUCGCCAGGAACCCUAGCACAGAAAUCAUCGGCAGAAGUGGCUACAACCCAAUAUUCGCCAACAACAAAAGCUAAAACACAGCAGUCAUCGAAAAGAAUAAGGAUAACUCCUAGGCCGACCAAAUCAAAAACACGGCCACCAACCUCAUCCUCGAGAAGAGAAACCCCAUCUCAAAAGACAGUGGGAUCGAAGGCAUCAGAGAAGUCGACGCAAUCCUCAAAAGAAACUGAGACCUCGUCCCCUAGUAGCGUAGCGUCUACGGAAGAAACCGAAGAGCCCGAGACGGAUGAGACAGAGACGGAUGGAGAAUUCGAAACGGAUGAGGGAACUGGAGACCACACUCAAGGACUCUUGAUCUCCGGCGAUGGGGAACACAGCACGCAAAUCGGGAGCAAACACAUUAAUUAUGCCGUCAUAGUUCUGCUCCUGUGCGGACUUGUGGUCAUAUGUCAACUUGGCUUAUUGACAUUUCUCCUGACCAAGUUCAUCAUCGCUGUCAAGGAUGAAAUGAUACCGACGGAUAAAGAAAAGAAACCCGAGAAACCCAAGAAGGACAAGAAAAAAAAGGAGGCUAAAUCCAAAGACAAAAAGAAAAAAUCUAGUCCUGCACCACUGCCAUCUCCUUCUGGUGAACCAAAGUCUUCCGAUGCUGAACAGGAGAAGCCUGAAGCAAUCUAA